UCAAAGAGCGGAAGUCAGUUGAAAGGAACAGGAAACAAAAAACAAUCGGACUACGUCGCGUUUGCAUUUUUAUUCAUACCAGUGCAGGCCGUCCGUCGUUAGUUUUUUUUCACGCAAACGUCAUUAGUGGAAUCUUCGUGCGCUUGGAAAAUGGUCACAGUGCACCCAAAUCUUUGGACAAGACAUCUGAUUUUAGCUUAGCUUGUUAGCCGCUGGCAGAGAGAUGCCUUUGUGCAGAUCGGCUGUGAGUGUACAGCGCGGCGAUCGUUGUGAGGAAAUGUGCGGAAGACGUGUAAAAGAAGAAGAAGAGGACGGGGAGCAACUUUGUGGAGUAAAAGAGGAGAAGGAGCCGCAACGUCAACCACCAGACGCGCGUUGCAAGCAGCCUCAACACGUAGCAGACGUCAGAGAAGAAGAUUUCCAUCCUGAGGAGUGGGAGGCCCCGCCCAUCAAGAAGGAGGAGGAGGAGCCAGACACGCCACGUGUGAAAGACGAGGAGCAGGACGGCGACGUCGGCGAGUUUCCGUCGGCCGGCGUCACUUUGAAGGAUGAAGACGACGAAGGAGGCGGCUGUGGAGCAUCCCGAGCAGACGGCCUCUCGCCUCGGCUCUCGGGCAGCGACGUCGCGGCGUCGCGCUCUUCCGAGGGUGACCGUGACGGCCGUGGUCAAGAACAGUUCAAAGAUGUCAGUGAAGAAGAUCCCCAUCUUGAGAAGCAAGAACUGCAGACGCCACACGUGAAAGACGAAGAGCGGCAGGAUGACAUCAGCGAGUUUCCAUUGGCUGGCGUCACUUUGAAGGAUGGAGACGACGAAGGAGACCGCUGGGAGGCAUCCCGAGCAGACGGCCUCUCGGCUCCGCUCUCAGAUAGUGACAUUGCAACAUCCCACUCUUCUGAUUAUGAGGAAGGUGACGACGACGAUGAUGAUGAUGACGAUGAACACACCAAAGGUGACAACAAAUGCUUCCACUGCUCCGAUUGUGAUAAAUCAUUUGACAAAAAGGCAAUGUUGAAAGAACACACGAGAACCCACACUGGAGAAAGACCUUUUGCUUGCUCAGUUUGCGGCAAAAGGUUCUCUAGAAAGGCACAUUUAAAAAUACACACAAGAACACAUACUGGAGAAAAACCUUGUGUCUGCUCAGUUUGUGGUAAAAGAUUCUCUACACAGUCACAUUUAACGAGACAUACAGUUACACACACGGGAGAAAAACCUUAUGCCUGCCCAUUUUGCGGUGAAAGAUUCUCUAUAAAGUCACAUUUAAAAGAGCACACAAGGACACACACAGGAGAAAAACCUUUCGCCUGCUCAGUUUGUGAUAAAAGUUUCUCCAGAAAGGCACAUUUGAAAAAUCACACAAAACUACAUACCGGCGACAAACCUUUUGCCUGCUUAGUUUGUGGUAAAAAAUUCAUUCAAAGAUGGUCUUUAACAGCACAUACAAGAACACACACUGGAGAAAAACCUUUCGUCUGCUCAUUUUGUGGCAAAAGAUUUAUUCAGAAGGGCGAUUUAACAAGUCACACAAGAACACACGCGGUAGAAAAACAUUUUGUCUGCUCAGUUUGUGACAAAAGAUUCACUGAUAAGGGAAGCUUAAAAAGACACGCAAGAACACACACUGGAGAAAAACCUUUUGCCUGCUCAGUUUGUGGUCAAACAUUCACCAGAAAGACUAAUUUAAAAAGUCACAUAAGGAUACACACCGGGGAAAAACCUUUUGCAUGCUCAGUUUGCGGUCAAACGUUCACUCGACGACGCUGUUUGACAGCACACGCAGCGACGCACACUGCUGACGUGCAGUGUGUGGCCUAAACAGGUCGAUGUGAAGAUUCACAAGUGUGCCGGUCAGAAGAGCAGCAAAUUUACAAACAAUUCAGCCAGUGUCCGAAAAUUCGAACAAAAGAUUGUCUCGGUCUUGACAUGACCUAAAAAGGCCUCUUUGAUGCAUAUUUGUGUGCUGGAUUAAACCAUGUCAUGUGACUGCCAUCUAGACCAUUGAUUUGUAAACCUUUGUAUAAUUAUUAUAAGUUCACCAGUUUAUCAUAAUUAUAUGUUUCCAGUUUCUAUGGUUGUCAAGCUUUUCAAUAAUGCAAACUAAAAUAAACAAA